GGUUCAAGAGGACGGCGCUUGGCGGUCCCAUGAGCGAUUUGGAGAGCAGCAGCAGUGGCAGCGAUGCGGAGGAGCUGGCGCGGUGCCGUGAGGCCGCCACGCCGGCCUGGGACUCGCAGCAGCCCCCGAGAGGGCCGGAAAAGAAAAGAACCGAUGCUGUGAACAGUCGGUUGCCAAGCACCCAGCCGAGCCUCAGGCAGAAGGUGGAUGAGCAUGAGCAAGACGGCAACGAGCUUCAGACCACCCCCGAGUUCCGAGCCCACGUUGCCAAGAAGCUGGGAGCCCUGCUGGACAGCUCCAUUACCAUCUCCGAGGUUGUAAAGGAGCCAACGAAGGCUGAGGCACGGAGAGCCCCCUCGGAGGAUGAUGGCUUCCGCCUCUUCUUUACCUCUGUCCCUGAAGGCCCCGAGAAGAAAGCUGCUCCCCAGCCCCGCCAAAAGCGGUGGCCUUCCAGCUCCAGCAGCGAGGACAGUGAUGAGGAGAAGCAGCGGUGCCGGGAGGCUGCUGUGUCAGCUUCUGACAUUCUCCAGCAGUCCGCCAUCCAUGGCCCUGAGAAGGUGGAAAAGGAGGCAAAGAAGAAGAAAAAAAAGUCGAAAAAGAAAGCCAAGAAGGAGGCCAGUGCGGACUUGACCACAGCCACCACCACUGCAAACAAGGCCACGGUCGGGAAGCAGGAAAAGGAGUCAACCAAGUUCAACGGAGACGUGUCACUUGGGACCAAAAAGAAGAAAAAGAAGAAAAAGGUGAAGAAGGCCAGCGAGGCUUCCCCAUGCCCACCAUCGAAGAGGGUAGCAGCCGCGCCUGCAAAUGGGCCCAGCCAGUCCCAGUGA